UCAUGUGUCUGUAGUUUCGCAUCCCAAUGCACUGAAGAAGUAUGUAUCAACGGUACAUCGCGUACUGUUGAUGCUGAGGUGGGAAUCCGCGGCGGUGGUCCGCACGCGGAAACAUGAUCGAAGGAAGCGAUCACUUAGCUAGUUUUGUGAUUCCCGCUGCCGUAGCUCUCUUGGUUCUCACGUCCAGCAUUAUUCUCUGUGUGUGUGCAAAACGGAAACGAAAAGCAAUAUUAUCUUCGGAUCUCCCGUUGGACUUCAAUGGAAUCCAGACGAUAUCGAGAAAGGCUCAGACCUCGUAUGACUCUGACCAGUUUCGACAUCUUACGACGGAGAAUGGCUUCGUAUCAGCGAACAGACGGCUUCCGGAACGCCCGUUAUCGCUCGUGGAGCCCCCCACGGCUCCUGUUGAAGUUCUUCCUUCCAUUCCAUCCACAAGUCACCCCAGUCUACUUCCCCACCGGGACUCUCACGUAGAAACGACCUCAUCGGACCCUGAAAGAGUCCGCGACGACGACGUUGAUCGUCCUUAUGCCAAAGUCAAAAUUCCGACGAAGAAAGUGAAAAAGAAAGUGAAGGAUGAGCAUCCUUACGCCAAGAUUCGCGACCAACCCGCGGUUCCGGAAAGUGAUUCGGAUGAAGCUGGACCUUCUGAAGAGCCAAGGGUGAUAACGCCUCAUGCCCUGGUCGAACCUCAUCAUGAUCCUCAUCAGGCAACUUUCCGUGCGGAACCUGAACCUAUUCCUGAAGUUCCUGUGCAACCUCAUUUCAGUGGAGAUUCGCAAGAUUCCCGUGGAUAUACGAGUAUCAGCGUGAGGGAACCGUUGGACCGGAUCCGGGCCCAGAUGGCCACGACUCGCCAAAUGGCCAACCACGAAUCACCAUAUGCGUCUGUGAUAGAGGACUCCGAUGAAAUGUACGCCGCCAUAGAUUCAGCAGCGGGCAGUGACACGUACGCUCAGAUCGAAUUGCCGCCAGUGGCGGAAGAGAGCUACUUUCCGCCGCAGCCGCCUAGCGUGAGAAGCCUUCGGUCCGCCGUUCAGCAACAAGCCCGCUGCAGGAUAUCCUCUCCUCCAGCGCUGGACGUCGUCGACGCCGCCGCUGCUUUCGCCGCCGCGGGACCUGGCGCCGGCGCCGCCAUCGACGACCAUUCCCCGCUGCCCGAGCGACGAGUGCUCAAUUCCCCGUUGCCUCCCACGCCCACACCGCCGGUGGAGCGACGCGAGGACGUGUACGCCAAAGUGACGAAUAAAACGCGGCCGACGGCGCAUAAGAGGAUCAAGAGCGACAUCUUGCGGCACUCUGACGUGAAUUAUUCCGAGUUUGAGGUGGUGCGUGAGCGACUGGACGUGGUGGUGGUGGACAGUGGCGGCGUGGGUGGUGGAGGGCGACCCCGAGUGCCGUCGGAGUCGGACGUGGAUCCGAAUUACGAGACUAUCGGAAAGCCGCAGGUGGUGUUCCCGUCUGGGGAUGUGUAUGCGCAGAUUCAGGUGUCGCAGAAGCGGGCGAGGCUGCCCAUGAGUCCGCCGCCGCUGGUGAUGGCGGCGGCGACGUCAUCGUCGUUGUUGUUGACGACGGCAGCGUCGCCGGAGCCCUCGGAAACGUAUGCGACUCUGGAUCUCAGGGACGCGGAAUCCCCACUCGAUGAUCCGAAUUACGAGCGACUGGGUGGAGACGGGAACCUGGCCGAUUUCGGGUACGAGAAAGUGAAGGACGGGGACGAGGAGAUGGACGACGUCGGGCCGGACACGGAUUACGAGAGCCUGGGUUACAACCGAGUGGUGAAACCCUGCGAGCCGGGUUACGAGGAAAUACGCGCUGCCGAAGAUCAUGACAGUGAAAGCGGGGACUCGAGCUACGAACGUGUCGGAGGAGCGACAUCUGACGUCGCGCCGACCUACGAAACCGUUCCUCCGCCUGAGGCGACGGAACUCUACGACGACGGCUACGAGCGACUGAGACCGAAAGCGUCGGACUUGUACGCCGUUGUGGACGCCCGCAGUAAAACCACGACCACGGGGGCGGCGAUAACGGCGACACCUCUCACCAGCAAGUUGAAAAAGCCGUCGACGACGACGACAACGACGACGACUUCGUCGGAAGACAAGGUGAUGUGUCGACUGAUGGACUUGCCGCCGGCGCGGAAAGUGGCGCACGUUUCCAUGACUGUGGUGACGAUCGGAGAAGAUGAGAUUUCGAUCCGGAAUCACUUGAGGGAAGACGGUUCUGGGACACGGUCGACGAUGUCUACGUCUGGGAUCUUUGAGGACGUCACUUUGCAACUUUGACUGCAAACUCUGGGAACCUUGACACGCAGGGAGAAGAUCGGGUCAAACAAACAAAACAAAAAAACGGAAUGGUUGUUUGUUGUUUUUUUUUUUCUCGUGACUUGAAAAUUUUUUUCGCGUUUUCUUACUGUUUUGUACGUCUUUCUUUUUUCUGGGGCAAUUUUAUGCUUCAUUCACGAUUUUGAGGUGUUCCAUUCGUUUUAUUUUCCUUUUUGAAGAACCGUUGGGUGUCGCAUUUGUCGUGGAGAACAGUUUUUGUCCCGUCACAGAGCCUAUAGACGUCGAUAUUGAUUUGUGAUCCUUCUAGAGUAUGGGACUCAAUCGACAGUUUUUCUCUCCCUCCUCCUUUUUUUUCUCUCUUGAAUUAAUGUUUCUUGACAUUUUCCCGCCCAAUUAUUUCCUAGAGGACCUGUAUUUUUUCACUUUUCCCAUAUGAUUAUUUUUAAACCUAAUUGUUCUAAUUUUUUCUUAAAUAACGAAAUUUUAGUCAGUAGCAUUGAAUUUUUCAUAGAGCUUAAUGUGUGUUGCGUCACAGAGCCUCUGGUCUUGGAUUUUAAUUUUUCUGGGAUUUUUUCGUGAUCUUGACAGAAAAAGAGGAAGUGGGGGUCGAACACGCGCAGAAUUGUUUAUAUCUACACUUUCUUUAAAUUUAUUUCGUGGCGUUUGUACGCUUUUCUUUCUGAUGCACUUUUUCCUGACGAUUUUGAGGUUUUCUGGCGAGUUUUUUGAUGCAUUUUCUCGAAGAGCCUCUGAAAUUGACGCGGAUAUUCUAUUUAUGGGAUAUUAUAGUAAUUGUUUUUUAAGCUGAUUUUGCAUUCAAGUGACAUCUGUGAAUCCGCAUGCGUGUCACAAAUGUUCAUGUGGGAUAUUAUUCAAGGAAAGUUGACGUGAAAAAUAAGAUUACUCGUCAUAUUUGAGAAAUUUGAGUUAACUAAUGAAAAAAAAUAUAUAUAUAUAUUUGUUCAACGCGAACAGAGAAACACUUGACGGAAUGUGGGAAAAGAGAUUCAACACUUUUUGAACGCCCUUUAGUCACAUAAACCCAGGAUGAGAGCGACUUAAAAAUAGAGAAACAAAAUUUCGGGGAUCCUUUUUUUUUUGUUUGAAUUUUAUUUCGAUUCCGGGGUGAUAUUUUUGGCUUCGAGGAGAUCAAGUGUUUCGUUGCUGUGGAUUUUUCAUUUUUGUUCGGAAGAUUUCUUUUUUCUUUUCGGGUUUGCGGAAAAUCAGUAAUGAGGAUUCCCUGGAUCCGGAAGUCACUGGACGGAUGUAUGUGGAGAAGCACUCGAGCAUCGACUCGUGGAGCUCAUUAACGAAAAACGUGACUGUCUUCCAUUUUAUUUAUUUAUUUUUUUUCUACUUAGAUUUUCCACUUUUAUCCCUUCUUCCGCGACGCGAGAUUUAUUUUAUUGUUUUUUUUUCGGAUCUGAUUACUAGAGGAGGAGUCGGUUUAUUUUGUUUUUGAAAUUUUCGCGGAUGGACUGAUUUCUCUAACGCGUGUGAAACUUCUUUUUCAAGUUUUUGGAACUACUUGGUGGGGAAUAUGUUUUUUUUCCCGGUGGAUCUCUGUUGAGCAGCUUCAUUCCUAUAAAGGGACAACGAAUUUCGAGGCUGUUUGAAGGCAAAGGAUCAUUCAUCGAUUAAAGUUUCGCUGACAAAAAAAAAAAAGAAGAAACACUACUAAGUCCUUGGUGUACCAAUUUUGUGAGUUGAUUAAUUUUUAUGAAAGAGAAAUAUGUUCUUGUCGAUGAAUCGCUUCUCAGAAAAAUUUCAUGGAAAAUUUUCUUUUCUUUGGCGGUUUGUUGAAGGUUGUUGGUGUUUUUGGGGGAAACUAAGGGAAAAUAUUUGCUUCCCAGCUACUGGAAUUCUGAGGAUUGACAUUUUUGAUUGCGGAAAACUUGCGAGAAGAAAGAUUUUUUUGAAAAAAAGAUGCUCAUAUUGGACACUUGAUUGUGAGUGAAGAGAGAGACAGAGAGAGAAAUUCUCGUUACCUGCAGGGAAUAAAAAAUAUGUUUCUAUUCGGAUGUUUUAUCAUGAGGAGUGUUCAAGAAGUUUGCAAAGAGAAAAAGGGACAUUUUUAAAAAUUUUCCUCACAGUUUGUUGGAAAAAAAGGAGAAAUUUUUCUUCUCUUCUCUGUUGUUGCUAGUGUGAGAUUUGCUUUUGGGAACUGUUCUUUUGAUGCUGUUAUAUUUGAACUUUGGCAACACUGUCCCAAUUGUCCGCGACUUCUGCGCUUAGAAAAAUUUUAUGAAUUAAUUUCAAGAUAAUUUGUGUUGCUGUUAGCUUUUGUGUUGAUGUGCAUUACUGUACUUGUUUGUGUUCAGUGUAAAAAUUUGGCACCGUUUCAAACCUGGUUAAUGAAAAAUGUUCCAAGAUUUUAAAACUUAAUAAAUUCUACAAAUCCUUUUUUUGAGUUGUCAACACCGCAUAAAAACUGAACUAAAUUUUAAAAUAUUUGUAUCAAGGUUUUUUGAAGAGAAAUUCAAUAUUUCAUCCUGGCCUGAUUCAGGUGUCGACUUUUCGGAACAAAAAGUUCUAGAAAUUUUUUUUUAAAUUUAGUAUUUUGUUUAUUCUUGUUGCUGAUAUUAAAGUGGAAUAACAGGGUUGCCAUCGUUGUAAUGAGGACAGCUUUUAAAAAUUAACAAGACACUGAUCUAACAGCUGCUUCAAAGUGUUCUCAUUUUUUCGGGGGGAGGGAGUUGGAAUUCUGAAAAUGUUUUGGUUGUUGAAAGUUUAGUUUAUUUCUGAUCCCAAAAUCUGAUUGAUUGGCAAUACUGUAUUUGAAGAAAGCUCCAUAUUUGAUACAUCCAGAAACCGGAAGUGCAAGUUUCGAAAAAAACUGUUUUUGCUGGAAUUUCCGUUAUUGAUAUUUUCAAAUUUCUAUAUUACAGUAGUUGAAAAAACAGGGAGAAGGAAAAUAUGUUGGUCAUGUGUCGGAUUUUUGCCAUGAGUAAUGGUGAGACAUUUUGCUGCAAUUGAGCAAGUGCCAAAACAAUUAAAUGGGAAGGAGAAACAGAGCCUUAAAGAAUCUUAUUUAUCCAGAAAAUUAACAAAAAAGACUUCUUUGAACAAUGUUCUAAUUCAAUUUUUUUUUUUAAUUAUGGCGAUGGAAAAACGAUGCUUAUCAAUUAUUUCCCCGUGAUGUGGACGCGAGAAGAAAAAAAAUCGACAUUCCGAAUUUUUUACGUUUCCCGAAAUUUGCGUUGGUUUCGUUUGAGAAAUAUUUUUUGUAUCGCUUCCGUGGUGCAAAAAUGCGCCACCACCGAAAUGGUGUCCCACCUUUUUUUUCGUUGUUGCAAUUUAUCCGGGUUUUUAUUAUUUUGGUAUGUUUUUUUUUCCCUCGAGAUCUGUUUUUGCGCGCGAAAUAUGUCGAGGCUUUUGUGUCGAAAUUGUUUCCCCCGCUUCGUUCGGCGAUUUAUAUUCAUUUGAUUGUAUUUUGGUUUUAUUUUUUCUGCGUGAUUUGAAGAAUCAUUUUAUUUAAAUAAUCGUUGGAAGCCAUUCCUUAUGCGAUUUUUUUUGUUUCAGUUUUAUCUCUGUCCUGUUUUUUUUUCGAUCUAGUCGUAGGUAAUUUAUUUUAUUUUUUUGGAAUGUCUUCCUGUGUGGGACGUUGGUUGUCGAUCCAGUGAAAAGAGCAGAACAAAAACGAAGCAGGUUUAUGUGUUUGAAUUUGAAGAAAGAAAAAAGUAAGAGAAAAACGCUGGUAACUUGAGACCUGGAAAUUCGGUUUUUGGAAAUUCUUGCGCGAGAACAGUUGAAGAAAUUGGUUUAUUUUUCA